AUUUGUCGUUCAGGUUCAGUGUCGGCAGUGUUCAGGCAGUUGUUGCUGCUGGAGAUCAUCAUCACUGACUGGAUCAAAAACAACAGAAAGUGCGCUGUCGGGAUUAAGGAUAAAGCUUGACCAUGUCUCGAGGGUCCAUUGAAAUCCCUCUACGGGACACGGAUGAGGUUAUCGAACUUGAUUUUGAUCAGCUUCCCGAAGGAGAUGAGGUCAUCAGUAUUCUCAAACAGGAGCACACACAGUUGCACAUAUGGAUCGCACUUGCCUUGGAGUACUACAAACAAGGAAAGACAGAAGAUUUUGUCAAGUUGCUGGAGGCGGCACGUAUCGAUGGAAACCUCGAUUACAGAGACCAUGAGAAAGACCAAAUGACUUGUCUGGACACUCUCGCGGCCUACUAUGUCCAACAGGCUCGGAAAGAGAAGAACAAAGAUACCAAGAAGGACCUUAUCAACCAGUCCACUCUUCUGUACACCAUGGCAGACAAGAUCAUCAUGUAUGAUCAGAACCAUCUGCUGGGCAGAGCUUGCUUUUGUCUCCUGGAAGGGGAUAAAAUGGACCAGGCGGAUGCUCAGUUUCAAUUCGUUCUUAACCAGUCAACAAACAACAUUCCUGCACUUCUGGGUAAGGCGUGUAUUUCCUUCAACAAAAAGGAUUACAGGGGAGCUCUGGCAUACUACAAGAAAGCUCUUCGCACCAAUCCCGGCUGUCCAGCCGAGGUGAGGCUUGGCAUGGGCCACUGCUUUGUCAAGCUCAACAAACUGGAGAAAGCUCGCUUGGCUUUCGGCAGAGCCCUGGAGCUGAACUGUAAUUGCGUGGGGGCUUUGGUGGGUUUGGCUGUUCUGGAGCUGAACAACAAAGAGGCCGACUCCAUCAAAAACGGAGUUCAGCUGCUUUCCAGGGCGUACACCAUUGACCCUAGCAACCCCAUGGUGCUCAAUCACCUCGCCAACCAUUUCUUCUUCAAAAAGGACUAUAGCAAAGUGCAGCAUCUGGCUCUGCACGCUUUUCACAACACGGAAGUGGAAGCCAUGCAGGCCGAGAGCUGCUAUCAGUUAGCCCGGUCCUUCCACGUCCAGGAGGAUUAUGACCAAGCUUUCCAGUACUACUACCAAGCCACUCAGUUUGCAUCACCCACCUUUGUUCUGCCCUUCUUCGGCCUGGGCCAGAUGUAUGUAUACCGUCGGGACAAAGAGAACGCUGCACAGUGCUUUGAAAAGGUCCUCAAGGCUUAUCCAAAUAACUAUGAAACCAUGAAAAUCCUGGGGUCACUUUAUGCCACCUCGGACGAUCAGGAGAAGCGAGACAUUGCUAAGGAACAUCUGAAAAAAGUCACUGUGCAGUAUUCGGAUGAUGUGGAAGCGUGGAUUGAAGUUGCCCAGAUUUUGGAACAAACAGACAUUCAGGGAGCUCUGUCUGCAUACGGCACUGCCACUCGCAUCCUCCAGGAGAAGGUCCAGGCCGAUGUGCCCCCUGAGAUCCUUAACAAUUUGGGGGCUUUGCACUUUCGUUUGGGAAAUCUUGGAGAGGCCAAAAAAUACUUCUUGGCAUCUUUGGAGAGGGCGAAAGCCGAGGGCGAACAUGACGAACACUAUUACAACGCCAUCUCCGUCACCACAUCCUAUAACCUGGCAAGACUCUAUGAGGCCAUGUGCGAGUUCCAUGAGGCCGAGAAGCUUUACAAGAACGUCCUGAGAGAGCAUCCCAACUAUGUCGACUGUUACUUACGGCUUGGCGCAAUGGCACGUGACAAAGGAAAUUUCUAUGAGGCCUCUGAUUGGUUUAAAGAAGCUCUUCAGAUCAAUCAGGACCACCCCGAUGCCUGGUCGUUGAUUGGUAACCUCCAUCUGGCCAAACAGGAGUGGGGGCCCGGCCAAAAGAAGUUUGAACGUAUCCUAAAGCAGCCUUCAACCCAGAACGACACCUACUCUAUGCUGGCGCUUGGCAACGUGUGGCUUCAAACGCUGCACCAGCCCACCAGAGAUCGAGAAAAGGAAAAGCGGCACCAGGAUCGAGCUCUUGCCAUCUACAAACAAGUUCUGAGGAAUGAUGCCAAAAAUCUAUAUGCUGCCAACGGCAUAGGUGCUGUGUUGGCACACAAGGGAUAUUUCAGAGAAGCGAGAGACGUCUUUGCCCAGGUUAGAGAAGCUACAGCAGAGAUGUCUGACGUGUGGUUGAACCUCGCACACAUCUACGUGGAACAGAAGCAGUACAUCAGUGCCGUGCAGAUGUAUGAGAACUGCCUGAAGAAGUUCUACAAACAUCAGAACACAGAGGUGCUGUUGUAUCUGGCCCGUUCGCUCUUCAAAUGUGGCAAACUGCAAGAGUGUAAACAGACACUUCUGAGGGCUCGGCAUGUGGCUCCCAGUGACACGGUGCUGAUGUUUAACGUUGCGCUGGUGCUUCAGAGGUUGGCCACACUUGUUCUGAAGGAUGAGAAGAGUAACUUAAAGGCUGUACUGAGUGCAGUGAAAGAGCUGGAGCUGGCUCACAGGUACUUCAGCUAUCUCAGUAAGGCCGGAGACAAAAUGAGAUUCGAUCUAGCGCUGGCUGCAAGUGAAGCCAGGCAGUGUUCUGAUCUGCUAAGCCAGGCUCAGUACCACGUCGCCCGAGCUCGUAAACAGGACGAGGAGGAGAAGGAGCAUCGUGCCAAACAGGAGCAGGAGAGGGAUCAGCUGCGGCAGCAGAUGGUGCGAGAGCAAGAGGAGAGGAGGAACCGGGUGGCUGUGGAGCAAAAGAAACUCCUGGAGCAGAGAGCACAGUUUGUAGAGAAGACCAAGAACCUCCUCAACUUCUCAGAGGGAAUGAAAGACUCGGCUAGGGAGAAGAAGAAGGGAGGCAGUGGACGGCGCAAGAAAGGAGGCGACUUUGAUGACUUUGUCAAUGACGACUCUGAUGAGGAUCUCCCCCUUAAGAAGAAGAAAAAGAAGAAAGUUGGGAGCGGCAGUGAGAUGGAGGAUGAAGGAGAAGAUGGAGAGAAGAAAUCUCGCAAGAGAAGAAAGAGACCUUUUCAACGGGAGGAUGACGGUUCAGAUCAAGAAGGCACAUCGAGGCCCAAAAAGCAACGCAAACCCAAAGAGCGCAAGAGGAUUGAGAAGCCUGAGCGCAUGCCGUCAUCGCUUAAAGGAAAGAUCAAAUCUAAAGCCAUCAUUUCCUCCUCUGAUUCCUCGUCUGAUGAGGAUGGACUGAAAAUAGCAGAAGACCGAAACCCCAAGGACAGCGGUUCAGGUUCAGAUGACAAUGAAGGCCACAGGAAACGCAUCGCGUCCGACAGCGAUUCCAAUGUGGAGCGCAACCAGUCGGCCAGCGAGGCUGGCAGCCCUCAGCGCUCCGGAAACUCUGAUGAUUCUGGGAGCGAACGACCCGUUAAGAGGAGAAGACCGCAACAGCAAUCCGACUCGGAACAGUCGGACAACCAGAGUAGAAAGAGCCGUUCUGAAGGGUCAGAUGACGAAUCCCCGGCUGGAUCUCCGGCUGGAUCUCCGGCUGGAUCUCCGGCUGGCUCUCCAGCCGCUGCAUCAGAUCAGGGCUCGGACAAUGAGGGCUCUCCGCAGAGGUCUGAGAACGAAUCGGAGCAAGAGGGCUCCAACAAUGAAGCCUCCAACAGAGGCUCAGAUGAUGAUAGUGACUGAUGAAAUGAACCGUCUGUCUGUCAGGAUAAAUGAGAAGCUUUUGAUCUUGUAAUGUUCGUCUUAGAGUAAUGUAGUUAUCUGCCUAAAUGUUUCGCAGAUCCAGAAUGUUUUUUCAUGUUUUUAUUUUUUCAGAAUUAAGAACACUGUUUCAUGAUCUGUUUUUUGAGGAUGAAUUGCUCGAAAACUUUGACGCUUUUGUUGAGCAUUACAACAUACAUGUGCCCAAUAGUUGGUGUACAUUAUGAAAAACUUUUGAAUAAAAAGUAUUUUGAAACAGUU